AUGUCUGAAUCAAAGGCUGUCAUUCUUGUCGGUGGGCCAUCCAGAGGCACACGUUUCCGACCUCUUUCACUCAAUUGUCCAAAACCACUUUUCCCAAUUGCAGGACGCCCUCUCAUUCACCAUCAUCUCGAUGCUUUAUCCAAAGUAGAAGGACUAAAGGAAGUAUUAAUUAUUGGUUUAUUCGAAGACAAAGUGUUUGCUCCUUAUAUCGAAACAGCAUCCAACGAGUUCCCUCACUUAAAGAUACGCUAUUUGCAUGAAUACUCCGCGUUAGGCACAGCAGGAGGCAUCUAUCAUUUCAGAGACGAGAUCUUACGAGGACAUACGAAACAGUUUUUUGUGAUGCACAUUGAUAUCGCCUGUUCCUUCCCUCUGAACGACAUGAUUCGUUCUCACAUGAAGCAUCGUGGUGUGUGUACAAUGCUAGGCACUAAGGUCCCCGCAAGUGAAGCGACGCGCUAUGGAUGCCUUGUCGCUGAUCCAGAUACAAACCAGGUGCUUCAUUAUGUAGAAAAACCGGAUACGUUCAUCUCUGAUCUGAUCUCUUGUGGUGUCUUCCUCUUUGACGUGUCUGUGUUUGCAGAAAUGAAAAAGGCACUGGAUCGCAAGGAAAAUGAGCACCAGACUGAUUUCUUCAUGUCAAGUUCAAGAGACGAGUUGAGACUAGAACAAGAUAUUUUGAGACCAUUGACAGAGAGUAAUAAUCUUUAUGUUCAUGUCACUCAAGAAUUUUGGAAGCAGAUUAAAACGGCUGGAUCUGCUAUUGCUGCUAACGCACUUUAUCUUGAAUCCGCUGCCUGUGAGAAUUCAGAGAGACUGGCCAGAAAUGAUAGGUCGGAUGGGCCCGAAAUUAUAGGCGCUGUUUAUAUUCAUCCUUCAGCACAGGUAGAUCCAUCAGCUAAGAUUGGUCCUAAUGUCUCUAUUGGUCCUCGAGUACAGAUUAUGGGAGGAGUGAGAGUGAAGGAUAGCAUCUUGUUGGAUAAUGUCCAGGUAGGAAAGGCAAGCUGUAUUCUUCACUCUAUCAUUGGUUGGAAUAGUCGAAUUGGGUCCUGGUCUAGAGUCGAGGGCUGCCCCAUCUAUGGUGAAGAUGGCAGUUCAAUGAUGAAAAAUGGAGUCAAAAGUCAAAGUAUAACUAUCCUAGGUAAAGAUGUAUCUGUGAUGGAUGAGACGAUUAUUCGUAAUUGCAUCGUUUUACCCCAUAAGGAGCUCAAGUCUUGUUAUCAUAAUGAAAUUUUGAUGUAA